UGUCAAUGUGUCAUGGAAAAUCGUGAAAAUAAAAUAGAUGCAGGUAGAUUAUAAACUAGUCGAAGGAAAUAAUAUGAGACGUGGGAAACCUCAACAGGAAUUUUAUACACCGGGAUCUGGGAAAUUAAGACGUUCGAAUCCGAAUUUUGACGAUACGAUUUCGGAAAGUGGUAGUACCCGUAGCUCUAGGAGCGGAUUCGCCUCUUCGGACGAUGUAAGGGGUCGACAAGACUAUGAUAACUUUGAUAACCAUAGUGGCAGAGACACACAGAGAAGACUGAGAAAGCCUGAGAGAGAAUUAUAUGUUCCGAGACCUGUGGCUCAUGCUAGGGAACAGUACAGCCCUCAGACUCAUAUCAGACCACAACAACAAAGUUCUGGUUUAGUUAAUGGUGCCGAAGACAACAUGAGCAAUAUGAAGAGAUAUUCCAGUAAUAGAAACAAUGAUGAUCAUAAUGGUGGUCGAGGCAAUGGACCAAGUGAGUGGCGAGAUAAGUCUCCAGUUAGGAAUCAUAGGAUGGGAUCAGAACCUAGAGGUGGUUAUAACAACUCCCAAACUUGGCACCGCAGCAGUGACAGAGACAGGGAGAGAAAUUACAGAGAUAGAGAUACCAAAAGUGUCGAACCUUCAGGUGUGGUUUAUAGGAGCAAUGACGGCAAUAAGGCGCAAUCUAAGCCUCCCAGUGGAAGAAGACACAGCACUGUCGGGAAUUAUCAUUAUAACAAUGAGCAGGAGAAGAAGAAAAGUUUAAUACAGUAUUUGGAGAAUUUGCCUCCAAGGUUUAGGAAGAAGUAUAUGGAGAAUAAUGGGAUUAAGCCUGAGGAUUUGGAGUUGGACCAGCCACAAACGUCGUCUUCCACUCAAUACCUCCCGUCAUCGCAACCACCAUUAUCUGGCUACAGCAGCUUACCCCACAACCCGACCAGCAAUCAAACUUACAAUAAUUCGAACAUACAGAAUUCAGGAUAUUACACUUUACCCGGCAGGCAGCGAGGCAGAGGCCGGUACUGUAACCGAGACGUCGAUUUUAGACCUCUUACACCGGACAGGCCAGGUAUCAAAAGUCCGAUCAAUUCUCGCCCCAGUACACCAACGAAUCGACGAUAUGAUAGCAGCGGUCCUCCGAGCCGUUCCCAUACCCCCCUUGCCUCCUAUGAUGACCAUCGGGGUAGAAAUGAUGGCUCGUCGGAAUCCCAGAGGAAUGAUUCUUGGGGGGAUAGAGGAGGCAGUGGUAGGCCCAGUGUAGUUGAUAGACUGGGUAAUAGGCAUAGCGAACCACCCAGACAUUUUGAACGCGACAGAGAAAGAGGGUCGUACGACUAUGACAGACAAAGAAGAGACGACGAUAACCGAAAUAGAAGAGAUGACAACAGAAACCGAACGGGUGACAGAAGAAACGAGCCCGAGCGAGAUAGAGAACACUCCGACAGAGACAGAAGAAAGGGCGACAGGAGGAAAAAAGGAGGUCGCGAAAAGAGAAGUUCCAGUCGUGACUUGACGCGUCAAGAUUCAAGAGAGUCCAACUAUAGUAGCGGCAGCACUAGAACACUAACGGAAGUCAAAGAUAAGCAGUCUUAUAGCGUUCAAGAUAGAUUAAUGGUUAAUAAUAAUUCUUGCACGGCGGACGUUAGUACUAAGGAGGUGGACGUCGUUAUUGAAGAUAAACGUGAAGAGGUUAUCGUUGAAAAGUUUUAUGAAGAUAAAGAGAUUUUGGACUGGAGCGAGGAAGUUGAACUGAAUCAUCCAUUAGAACCGGAAAUAUUUAGCGAUACAUUGACGAGAAGCUCCUCAGUAGCCAGUUUACAAGAUAUCAGCACUAAAUCGAUGCCCGCUUCUACAACCCCGAAUGGAAAAAAGAAAAGGAAAAACGGCAGAAGGAAAAGUAAGCAAAGGAGCGGAAGUUCCUACAGGGAUGAAACACCAACAAACAGAGACCGAAAAGACUCUUUUGCCAGCAUCGAUGGAAGGGAGUUUAGAGUACCACAAGAUCCGGCUACAGGUCGUCGUAGAAGGAGACGCUCAUCUAGAGACGCUAGUUUUGAAAGAUUCCAUAAUAAAUCGCGGGGUCCUAGCAGGGAUGUUAGCUUCGAAAGGGGUAACGAGAACUGGAGGGACGAAAUAAUUAGAAGUAGACAGAAUUCUGAAAGGGAAGGUUCAGUAGUAAGCCGAAAGGUGACCGUGGAUCGGAGUAGAAAAAACUCCGAGCUAGACGAAAACACUUUAGCGGAAGCCCCUAGUAAGAAAGGAGGCAUUUUGGUGUUACCGACAAAAUCUCCGGAACCGCCCCGAUCUAGUGCGGAAAGACCGAAAUUUCCGGAUAUUAGGAGGACACCGGGACCCCAGAAAACCCUUUUUGAUCCGAAAAAUCCCAAUAAACCGAUACUGGUUAAAUCGCCGGGCAGUAGGGUUUCAGUGCCAGGAUUUUCCGAGAAUAAUUCCGAAAUACCGCCGAAGAUGGAUACGGCUGACUCGAGUGGAAGACUUGUGCCAAAUUGGUACAAUGAAUCGAGUGAAGACUUUAAAUCCUGCCAUUUCGGCGACCUUCUAAGGGACAUCAAAUUAGCAGACACAGAAUUACAAUUUAUAAUGAACAACGGAUUGCUGCUGGUCGAUUAUGAAACGGUGGACAACUUAAGGCAAUUUUUAAAAAGUGCACUGGAAGAUUUACUUUGUAAGGCCCUAAAGUUCUGCCAAACGGAGAAUGUGGAGCAACAUUUAUGGAGGAUUUUAUACCAUAACAUAAUCGAAUUGACUAGGAAAGCUAUUAUUGAUGAUCCCGGGAAUAAACAGCAGUACAAAGGAUUUUUACUGUAUCUUAUUGAUGAAGGUACCAAAUACUUCGAAAGGCUUAUCGGCACCCUAGAAGACACUUACAAUUUCAAAGUGAGCAGCUAUGUGGGAAAUAACAGCAUGUCCCAGCAUAAAGGCUUAGGUUUUACGGGAUUAGCGUUAGUUUCCGCCCAAAAACUCUUCUUAUUUUUGGGAGAUUUGGGCCGUUAUAGGGAAGAAGUCAACGAAACAUCCAAUUACGGCAAAUGCAGACAGUGGUAUAUAAAGGCUCACGAAAUUAACCCUAAAAAUGGAAGACCUUAUAAUCAGCUGGCUGUGCUGGCAGUGUAUUCGAGGAGGAAACUGGAUGCGGUUUAUUACUACAUGAGAAGUUUGAUGGCUUCCAAUCCGGUGAUAUCAGCCAAGGAACGUUUGAACACCUUAUUCGACGAGAACCGAAAAAAGUAUGAACAAGGCCAAAAGAAACGCAGAGAAGAACGCCUCGAACGACAGAGACAGCACAUGAAACAAAAAGAAUCCGAGGAGAAUGGGACACCCAAUUUUUUAAGAAAAGAGACUUGGCUACAUCCGGAAGGUGGUAGAACACUGCAUAGAACGACCAAAGCUUUACACGAAGACGAGCAGGAUUCUGAAGAGGAGGACUUGGCGGCACUGAGCAGCGUGGAUGUAAACAAACGAUUUGUGACCAGCUAUCUGCACGUCCACGGAAAAUUGAUAACCAAGAUCGGUAUGGAAAGUUUCCAAGACGCAGCGAUGCAAAUGUUAAAAGAAUUCAGGGCUCUCCUGCAGCACUCGCCGGUAUCUUUACCUUGCAAUCGUUUCCUGCAACUGCUCGCUCUCAAUAUGUUCGCCAUUGAAAGUACACAGCUUAAAGAUAUCAACCUUCAGCAGUCAAGUAGCUACCGCUCAGAGUUUCAGGAGCGUGCCCUAAUCAUCUCCCUGCAAAUGUUCAAUUUGAUCCUGGAGCGUUGCGUGUCGAUCCUGCAGGACUACCACGCGCAAUUCAUCGAUCAGGGCAAGUCUGGAUCCCCUCUGGAUUCGUUGCCGCAUGACGCCAAUGUACUGUUGCCGGCCAUCAAAGUGUGGUGCGACUGGAUGUUGUGCCACACGUCCGUUUGGAAUCCGCCUCCGAGUACUGGCGAUUAUAAAGUUGGGCCAUCGGGAGACCUCUGGUCCAGACUCGGAUUACUAAUGAACAUUCUGGAGAGGAUGGAUCAGCAUUCAACCGAUGUGAUUACCAAGGAGUCCAAAGAAGGUUAUGAUCCGGUAAAACUGCCGGAAGACGCGAUCCUGAGCGGCUUCACCCCUCUGAGUUUUCAUGAUUGCGAGGUGUCGUACGCGCCGGUCAACAUGGACGCGGAAAUCGCGCAACUGCGCCUGCGCGUUGCCAAGUUGCUGUUCUUCGGUACGGUUUACCUUUGCGGUCUGGAACCUCCCGUGUUAAAAUUAGAAAUUGAGGACGGGAGGAGGGAUUAUGUGUCUGUGGUGUGUACCGAUCGUGGGAGGGAUUCGCCCAGUCGGUCUGUCCUGGCAAGGAAUGACGAUGUUCUUCUAGAGACGUUCAGUGGGGACGACGAAGAGAUAACAAACCUAAACGAUAACAUCAGCAAACUGAACGUUUCUGAGGCUUCAACUGAAGUUCAGCACCUCUUAAGUAGGAAAUUAGAACUAGAAAAGCGUAAAAGAAGCGAGGAAUUGCAUCAGCAACGUGUGAUGAAAAUCCUAAGCCAAUCAGUCGUAAGUGUUCACCUAGAAAUCCGCCCAAAGUACCUAGUUCCUGACACCAACUGCUUUAUAGACCACUUGGAUAGCAUACAAACUCUAGCCACAUCCCAUACGUAUACUCUAAUGGUCCCCAUAGUAGUAUUAAGUGAAUUGGAAGGGCUGAGUAAAGGCACCCCCUUGUCCACCACCGUCACCAAAAGCAAAUCGGCGCCUACUGCGGAUCACGUGCAACGUGUUGCGGUCGCAUCACGACUGGCCUUGGAUUUGUUAAAAAAGCGCCACGCUUCGGUCAAAUGUGUAACCACCAAAGGAACAGUGUUGCCGUCCACCUCGUUUAGUACCGAAGACGAUACCACGUGGGACGCGACGGUUAAAAACGACGAUAAAAUACUAACCACUUGUUUGGUCCUAUGUAAGAAUCAGCAGGCGGGUGAUCCGAAGGAAGGUGAGCCUCGUCAUCUUAUACGUGAAGUGGUGCUGCUGACCGAAGACCGAAACUUACGCGUGAAGGCGCACGCGCGCGACGUGCCUGUGCGCGCGUUGCCAGACUUUAUGCGAUGGUCCGGUCUGGGGGGGUGAAUGGGUCCCACUGAUGGAUAUGGGGUUCUGUUACCCCACGACUGAGAAUUACUGCGUCUGCUAGAUGUCGGGUAACCAACAUAGGAUCAACAAACUGAUUCAAAAGGAAAAUAUAGACGAAACGAAUUUAAUAAUGAAUCAAAAUAAGUGGACCUCCUUAAUUAAGUAAGACUUUUUUUGCACAUUUCACUACUUAUCCGUCACAAAAAGGCCACUAGUGUUAAUUUUUACUGGGUUGUGACUGUCAUUCCCUUGUAAUUUUAACAUCCCGUGAAGCAUACAUUUUACUACUAAGCACUUAUUGCUUACUAUUGUUGUAUAUCAAAGGUUUAUCAUAACUAUUGUUUUAUUGAUAUUUUAUAACAAAUAUAUUUAACGUAUUUUUGGAAAUUUUAGCGAAUAUUACGAAACUUACUUUUCCUUGCAUAUUAAGAUCAUUAUUAUAAUCUCAUAUUUGUUUAUUAUUAUCACUUAGCCCUAAGGAUAAUGUAUAAAUACAUUUUAUUUUACUGUAGUUAGGUAUAAUUUAGGCUCAAGACAGUGCAAAAUGACAAAAUAGUUGCGUAAAGUUACAAAAAUAACUUUCUGUACUUAAUUAAUUAAUGUAUGUUUAUUAGUUAGGUUUAUUUUGAUCAAUUAAAAUUAUAAUCCUUGGGUUAAUAUCGCUUUUUAUAUUAUAUUUUUUCAAUUUUAUUUAAAAUUAUUUUUGUUUUUUACAUAUAUACAAGGUGUAAUCAUUUAAAAGUUGUACGCCUUUCUUCUAAAAAUUUUUUUACAUGACUUUUCUUUAUUGUAUUUAUAUAUUUUUUAUUCUUAGUUUAAAAAUUUUUAUUGAUCUAAAUUUAAAGGCUUUUUGGCUUACUUAUGUCACUUUUUUAAGUUAUUCAAUUUAUUUGUGUUUAAUGGAUAAUUUGAAGUUUUGUCAGUUUUUCAGAUAUAGGACAAUUACAUUUUUUGAAAAAUUUACCUUUAGUGUGCAAUUAGCUUGACUUUUAAAAACUAUUAUUUAAGUAGACUAUGUUCCUUUUUUAUUUAAAUAAUUCGAUUUUCCAAGUACGAACAAUUUUGUUUUAAUAUCCGACGUUUCGGCAUUCAAGAGAACAUCAUUAAGUAUUCUUCUUUAAAUACAGCCCUGUACAGGAUAGGCCAUGUUUAUAUUAAUAAAACUUAAAUAAAAAUAUUGAUGAUGACGACUUAAUAAUGAAACGCCAUUGAGGUAUCUUUUUCUUGUUUUUUGGGUUUAGAAUCCAAGUAAUUUCCAAAUUUCCUAACUUGUCUGUCUUGUCAAAAGUGUCUAUAUGUACUAUAUUAGAUCUCAGUCCUAAAAUUCCAGUUUUACCUUCCAAGGUCCACCUCCUGUGAAUAUGGAUAUAACUUAAAAAGUACUUGAGCUACAAGAAUUCUUCGUAUAUGAAAAUGUUCCUUAGGAAUAGUCUCAACUUCAAGUAAAAACGUCAAUGACAUUCCUAGAAUAUUUUUGUGUUAUCAAGAAUAGAAUUUCAAUUUUGAUGGCAAAAAGUGCUAUCAAACAAUGUUCAACCAAAACUGCUGUAGCUCAAUGAAUUUUGUACCUAGAAGGAGGUUUGACUGAAACCUCAGGAAUUCCUGUAAAGUUUUCUCAAAAGAUAUGAAAACCUUCCAUUAACUUUUUGAGUUAUACUCAAAAAUGUCUCUAUAUGACUCAUCUUAAAACUCAUUACGAAAAUUUCGUUUUUACCUUCCAAGGCCAUUUCAUGGAAAUCUGAGU